GUGUGCAUUUUAGAAUCUAAUCUAAAGUUUAGAUACGAGUGACAACACUGUUGUUUAUGUCAUCUACUGGAAUAUUUCGAACGUCAAAUUUUAACCGGGGGUGUCCCAGUCUUCCAAUAUUUUACAAGAAAAACGCAUCAAACAUGUCCAACGUUGUAGAUUCACUGGUGGAAAUGGGUUUUCCCAAAGAUAGAGCGGAAUUGGCAAUAAAGAGCACCGGCAGCCAGGAUUUGCAGGUGGUUAUGGAAUGGUUGCUGUCAAACGAAGAUGUCGUCGAUGAAUCUGACAGCCAACCUCAGUUAGAGCCUUCGCAGGCUCAGGCUGCUUCAGCCUCGAUGGAACAAAACAGUGCCGGUGAAGAGGAGAAAUCCGACGAGGCAGCACUUGUUGCUAAAUCUAUUCGUUGCGAUGAUUGCGGAAAACUGUUCAAAAACUCGACAGAAGUUGAAUUUCAUGCUGCCAAAUCCGGACAUGAAAACUUCUCAGAAUCUACAGAUGAAAAGAGACCGCUGACUGAUGAAGAGAAAAAAGAACAGUUGGCCAAAAUCGAGGCUAAGCUAAAGCAACGCAGAAUGGAGAGAGAGGCCAAAGAAAAAGAGGAAGCAAUACUUAAGGAGAAGUAUAGGAUUAAAUCGGGCAAAGAGAUGCUUGAAGCCAAGAAAAAGCACGAGGAAUUGGAAAUGAAGAAGAUUUUGGAACUAAGGAAAAGGGAGAAAGAGGAGGAAAGAGCUGCUAGACAGAGGGUCAAGGAGCAAAUAGAACAGGACAAGCUGGCAAGGAAGGCGAAAUUUGCGGGCGGCAGCGCGGACAGCGUCGCCGAGGCGCCAGUGGCGCACGCGCCCGUCGCGGCCAAAACGGCCGCGCCGGUCAACUACGAACAGUGCAAGAUUCAAAUACGGCUGAUAGAUGGCAGCACGUUGACGCAGACGUUCGGAGCGAAGGAACCGCUCUCGGCCGUCCGAUUGUACGUGGAAAUCAACAGGAAGGACGCGAUGGAACCGUUCAAGCUGCAGAUGUCGUACCCUCGCAAAGUUUUCACCGCCGAGGAUUACGACAAACCCUUGGACACUUUAGGUUUAGCACCCACUGCAACUUUAAUUGUAACAAAAACUUAA